CAUAAGUGUCAUCUGUUGAGGUCUCGCUGAUUACCUUUAUUUAGCGGCAAGGUGCUAAUCAAACGACACCCAUCGACAUUUAGUAGAUGCUGAUGAACAGACAAACAAUGCUAAUCAAUUUGGUGACGCAGCAGCAAGGGCAUGGACAGGCGCACGCACGGUGCUAACCAGUCCUCUCUAAAUCCUCGACGAGUUCCAGCGCGCUCACAGAGACAGGACGGUGAGCUCUUGAAGGGCAGCCGGAAAAUUGCACAAGGUUGGCAAAGAUCCAGUGAACGGCCUACAAUCACACCUGCUGGCGCACCUGAGCAUGUCCGUACGAGAGGGCUUGAUGCAAUUAGUGGGCCAAAUGACUUUCGAAAUUAUUGGCGCAAGAGCUGCAGGCAUCAGAGUCGUGGAACAAUUAUCACAUCUUUCGUUGAACCUUCGGCCAAUCGCUUCUUACGGUCGCAGAGCUCAGUAUCGUGCCGUCGCAAAGCAUGGCUUGGGGGUGAUCUUCUAAACUCUUGGGGACAACUACUUCAGCACGGAGCACUUAGACGGCACCCCAGAACACCCGGGAGAUCCCCGAUAUGGCGAGCAGAUCGGCGGAGGGGGCAGACUCAAAUGGCACCGUGGCUCGCUUUUGGGCAGGGAGCGCAAGACCUCCAGUGUACAGAGUGCCGGAAGCAGCGCGAUCAGGUGCGGAUCACUUUCUGGACAGAGACUGCCGUGAAUUCGUGGGCCUAGAUACAUUGGGUGAAUGCGAUGACCUGCGUGUAACUACUAGUUAUGCGAUGUGAGAAAGGGUUGCUCACACAAGGAGUGCUACGCACGUGAAACAAUGAUAUUGGUUGAUGGAAGCGGAAGCUGUUCCGAAUUUGCUACACUGGCCGCUGC